AUGUCGGUCGAAACUAUAACUACCAUUUCGCCUACGACGAAUAAGCCCAUUGUGACCAGAAGCGGUCUUUCAGAGGCUGAUAUCAACAUUCUCCUUCAAAAGACAGGGAACGCGUUUCAAUCGUUCCGGCGAACAACGUUAGGGCAACGCAAAUCCAUCAUUAAACGGGCUCUCAGCUUGAUUAGUGAAAGGAAGGAUGAACUUGCACGAGAGAUAACGGAACAGAUGGGCAGGCCUAUCGCCUACACCGCAAAGGAAGUCAGCACCGCUGUCAUGAGGGGCGAACAAUUGCUCAAGUUCAGUGAUGAAGCAUUGAAAGAUACGGAUGGAGAACCGGAGAAAGGUUUCCGACGCUAUAUAAGAAAAAUGCCAAUUGGCCCUGUUCUGAUCGUUUUUGCUUGGAACUAUCCAUACAUCAUUCUCGUGAAUUCGCUCAUCCCGGCUCUUCUCGCUGGAAACACCGUCAUUCUGAAGCCAUCACCACAAACGCCCACAAUCGUGGAACAAGUUCAGAGGAUCUUCCUAGAAGCAGGCUUACCGGAGAACGUCAUUCAGUACUUUCACGCAGGCUCUCUUACGACAUUAGAGACGAUAGUGCGGAAUCCACAGAUUAACCUCACUUGCUUUACGGGGUCCGUUGCGGGCGGGCUAGCUGUACAAAAAGCGGCCAGUGAUAGAAUCACAGCGGUCGGCCUUGAGCUCGGUGGAAAGGAUCCUGCUUACAUCCGAGCAGAUGUUGAUCUCAAGUGGGUUGCUGAAGAGAUUGUAGAUGGCGCUAUUUUCAAUUCAGGUCAAAGCUGUUGUAGUAUCGAGAGAGUCUAUGUGGAUGAGAAGAUCCAUGACGCUUUCAUUGCGGCUCUGCAGGACGUGCUCUGUGGCUACAGGCUGGGAGACCCGUUCGACCCAACGACGCAUGUAGGGCCGGUGAUCUCGAAGAGAGCAGCCCAAACUAUUCGUGCCCACAUCAGAGAUGCACUCGACAAGGGCGCGAAAGAUGCCACUCCAGAGAACUCUACCUUCAAAUCGCCGCCCCCAGAGGGAAAUUUCGUUGCGCCAACCUUACUGGUCGGAGUGAACCACGAAAUGACUGUUAUGAAGGAUGAGACCUUUGGCCCCGUCAUCCCUGUCAUGAAAGUCAAGGACGACGCUGAAGCCAUUUGGCUCAUGAACGACAGCGAAUUUGGGCUCACUGGAAGCAUUUGGACUAAAGAUGUAGCAAAGGGCGAAGCUCUAGCGGAAGAAGUUGAAGCAGGGACAGUAUUUGUCAAUCGAUGCGAUUAUCCGGCACCAGACCUUGCCUGGACGGGGUGGAAAAAUUCUGGAAGAGGAGUUACUUUGAGCAAGUUUGGAUUUGAGCAAUUUGUCAGGCUCAAGAGCUUCCAUGUAAAGGAUUAUCCUGCGAAGCUUUGA